AUGUCUCUGCUACUUUGCCAGGGCUGGUGUUCGGGAGUCUUUGAGCUGAAGUUGCAAGAGUUUUUGAACAAGAAGGGCAUACAGGGAAACAAAAACUGCUGUAAGGGAGGUCUGACGUCGUCUUUCCAGCAGCAGUGCGAGUGCAAAACAUUUUUCCGCAUCUGUCUCAAGCACUACCAACCCAACGCGUCGCCGGACCCCCCCUGCACGUACGGAGGAGCGGUGACGCCAGUGCUGGGCUCCAACUCCUUCCAGGUCCCAGACGCGAUCCCCGAGAGCUCGUUUACCAACCCGGUCCGGAUGAAUUUUGGCUUCACGUGGCCGGGGACCUUCUCGCUGAUCAUCGAGGCAUUGCACACGGACUCCAAAGACGACCUCUCCACAGAGAACCCAGACCGCAUCAUCAGCACCAUGACCACGCAGCGGCACCUAACCGUGGGUGACGAGUGGUCCCAGGACCUCCACAGCGGCGGGAGGACCGAGCUCAAAUACUCCUACAGAUUCGUAUGCGACGAGCACUACUACGGCGAGGGAUGCUCCGUCUUCUGCCGACCCCGGGACGACGCCUUCGGACACUUCACCUGCGGAGAGAGGGGAGAGAUCGUGUGCGACUCCGGCUGGAAAGGACAAUACUGCACUGAACCAAUCUGUCUCCCUGGCUGCGAUGAUGAACAUGGAUUUUGCGAGAAGCCGGGCGAGUGCAAGUGCAGAGUGGGAUUCAAGGGCCGAUAUUGCGACGAGUGCAUCCGCUAUCCGGGCUGCCUCCACGGGACCUGCCAACAGCCCUGGCAAUGCAACUGUCAGGAGGGAUGGGGCGGACUCUUCUGCAACCAAGAUCUCAACUACUGCACUCAUCACAAACCCUGCAUGAAUGGAGCCACUUGUAGCAACACGGGCCAGGGCAGCUACACCUGUUCCUGCCGCCCGGGAUUCACUGGAGCCAGCUGCGAAACGCAAGUCAACGAGUGCGCCGGGAACCCGUGUCGCAACGGAGGAAGCUGCGCGGACAUGGAGAACACAUACAAGUGCACCUGCCCACACGGUUUCUACGGCAACAACUGUGAGCUGAGCGCCAUGACCUGCGCCGACGGCCCCUGCUCCAACGGGGGGCGCUGCAGCGACAACCCCGACGGAGGAUACUUCUGUCAGUGUCCCAGCGGCUACGCGGGCUUCACCUGCGAGAAGAAGAUCGACCACUGCACCUCCAGCCCCUGCUCCAACGGCGCCCGCUGCGUGGACUUGGUGAACUCCUACAUCUGCCAGUGUCCCGAAGGCUUCUCUGGGAUGAACUGCGACCACACGGGAGACGAGUGCGCCCUGUUCCCGUGUCAGAACGGCGGCACCUGUCAGGAGGGCGCCGACGGCUACAGCUGCACCUGCCCGCCUGGAUACACGGGCCAGAACUGCAGCUCCCCCAUCAGCCGCUGCGAACACAACCCCUGCCACAACGGCGCCACCUGCCACGAGCGAAACAACCGCUACGUGUGCGCCUGCGCUCCGGGCUACGGCGGCCGCAACUGCCAGUUUCUGCUUCCCGAACACGCGGCGGUGCGCGGGUCAGACGUGCCCUGGAUGGCGGUGGGAUCCGGGGUCGCUCUGGUGCUGCUGCUGCUAGCCGGAUGCGCGGUGCUAGUCGGGUUUUACCGCUCCAAGGCCCAGCGCGGCGGCCCCAUCGAAGUCACGGGGGAGAUCGAACCCAUCAACAACUUAAACUUGACAAAUAACUGUCACCGUAGCGACCGCGACCUGCCCGUGAGCGUCAUGCCGGGGCCAGGCGUGAAAAACAUCAACAAGAAGAUGGACUACACCAGCGAGGACCCGGAGGAGGGCUUCUCCCCGGGACGCAGCGGCUACAAGAGCCGGCCCCUCACCGGAGACUACAACCUCCAGGAGCUGCACUACGACCAAAGCAACAAAGACGCCAUGUUGGAGGCCGCGUGCGACGACAAGUGCCAGUCGCUCGACUCGUUUGAGUUUGAAGAGAAGCCGAGCAAAAGGUUAAAAAGCGACGCUUCAGAAAAGAGAGCCCCAGAACUGUCUGCAUGUGCGGACACCAAGUACAAAUCUGUGUUUGUCAUGUCGGAGGAGAAAGACGAAUGUAUAAUAGCAACAGAGGUAUAA